AUGUGCUUCAAUCCCAACGUGACUACUUUAGUAUUGAAUAAAAUCUGGUUGGACUGUGAUCCAGUUCGUCCGGGACAUGAUGACGCUUGUGCUAUACUUCUUGCAACAAGUCUACCGUCAGAUAUAAAUCUUGUUGGUCUAUCUACGGUUCACGGGAAUGCUAGUGGGGAAUGCACUCUUUCAAAUGCGAUAAGACUUAUCCACAUGUUUUCCCCCCAGCAUGAUGCAUUGGUCGUUCACCCAGGGGCCCCCAAGCCAUUAAUAAGGCCAUCGAGAGCCGAUCCUGAAAUUCAUGGACCUGACGGUUUGGGGGGAGUCGUUGGGCUUCCACCUCUAAAUCACCCUGUCAUUCUUUCUCGCCUCGAAAGCUCCCAUACCGCGAAUGCGGUGGAAGGCCUUGCCGCUGCUGCAAAGCUUGCAAUUAGCUCUGGCUACAAGAUACAUCUGGUAGCCACAGGGCCCCUUACCAAUCUUGCCCUCUUUAUAUCUGUUUAUCCUUAUUUGUUGUCCGCGUUCGAGGAAGUUUGCUUCAUGGGAGGCGGUGUGGGCAUUGGGAAUCGGGGUGCAGUAGCCGAAUUCAAUAUUCUUUGUGACCCUGAAGCUGCUCAGAUUGUCGUGGACGCACCAAUUCGAAAGACAAUGAUUCCUCUGAAUGUCACGCAUAAAGCCAUAGUCACAGAAACGUUGCAGAGGAGGCUUCUGAAUGAAUGUUCGGAGCGAGGCUUGUCAAAUACCACAACACCACUCCGCCAUACGCUUCACAGCAUAGUCUCCUACUUUGCCGCUUCAUAUAAAUCUGUGUUUGGCUUCAAUGAUGGGCCACCACUGCAUGACGCACUCACGAUCGCGUAUGUUGCUCGACCAGAAUUGUUCAGGGCCACAAGAUACAGGGUCGAUGUAGACUGUAUUUCAACUCUGGGGACAGGUCAAACUGUCGUAGACGCAUUCAACUAUCGAGAUUACGAUGAUUCGUGGGGCCCAACAGGCAAGAACGUUCUUGUUGCGGAAGGAAUUGAUGUCCCAGCAUUUUUCGAGCUCUUUUUUGAAUGUGUCGACCGUUGUGAUACCGUUUCCCGCCUCAACCUAGCUGCUUAG